AUGGAAGUAGAUCAAAUAUCGGACAACAAUUCUUCGUCCAACAGGAAUGACAGAGAGGGGGAGAGGAAGGAGAGAUCGCUCACCACGACAACUACUACCUUCACCACUAAUGCUCCGCGAACUUGGUUUCGAAGGAACAGAGUGCUUCGUCUUGAAAAUCUUGAUCCGAGUGGCACUAGACAAGAUAUUCAGGCAAGCUUCGAAAAACGUGGUUUUUUAAGUACGUGGAUUGAUCACACAAAAGAUUCAACCUCUGGUUACGCUCGACUGAAUGUUCCUCAGGCAAAAGAGGUAGAAGCUUUAAUAAUGGCUGAGGGUGGCCUGAGAGUAGGCACUGAAAUCGUGAGAAUACGAGCGUUAGAAGGUGAAGAAGAGGACUCAUAUUGGGCUCUUGCAGUAGAUCGUGAUUAUUCUAAUGCAUCUAAACGUCUCCUACGUCAGCAUAAAUCAUUAAAGCCCAAAGUGCGAAUACCGGCAAAUCUUUUACGAAAACGUUUUGUACUAUCCUCAUCAUCAUCGGGAGGUGCUGCUUCGUCCCUCGAAGAGGACAACGGAACACAACAGAAAAAGAAAAAUAAAGCGAGUAAAGGAUUGCGAUACGUUCCGUAUAAGGCAUUGGAUGACGAUGAAAUAAUGCCACCGCAGGAUGCUAUUCAUCGUGAACGAAUUAAUCAUUUAAUGACACAAAUAGGCGGAAGUGAUCUAAAUAGCAAAAAUGCAAUGUCUUUUGAUGGUGUUGAUUGCACUGUCCAAUCAUCAUCGUCAAAUAAUCGUCAUGAUAUUACAAACACCUCAUUAGAAACCGAAUCUGCAGAGGAAAUAGUAGCAAAAUUUGAAAAAUUAUAUCUUGAUGUUUGA